GAGAUAUCACAGAGACACAAGGAGAAGAUCUAAUGGAGGGAACAAGGGAGACCCGUAAUGGAAGAUUAAGGCGCAGCAGCAAGCUUAAGAGGACUCUGAAGAGGACGAAAGCCAAAGCUGCUGCUGCCAAGUUGGAGAUAAUCCGCGUGAGAGAGGAAACGGCGGGAAUGGUUGCUGCAAUGGGGGACCUCAAACUCGAGAUCGACUUGUUGAAGCCAGCGCUCCGCCAGCAUUCUGAAGACACGCUUCUUAUCUCAGAAGCAGUAGGCAGUGUUGCUCAGAUUAUCCUUCAGCUUUAAUUAGCUAAGGAUACAAAAAGACCACCUAUUUUGCUUUGAUGUUCUGUUGUGUCAGGGAUCUAAUCCUCCAUGAUUAAAUCCUAGGUUUAGUGUGUUUUGAUUAAUAAACAACUUGGUUGUGUCCCUUUACUUAUGCACUUUAUAUUAUGUUUGGUUUUAGGUGUUGUUCUACUUCAGCUUCUUCCUAGACUGGAGAUGAGACCAGGGCCCCCUGUCUACCCCUGUCUAGGAGAGUUAUGUUUUUUCCGUUUUGCUGGUCUUUUUGGUUAGACUGCAGAUUUUGGGUUGUUUUCUCAGUUUAUUAUUGUAAAAUCUGCAUUUCUUAAUGCGUUUCGACACCAUGGUUGAAUCCUUAAAGUGACGAAUUUUUAUUUUUA